UAUUUACUUUAAACAAUAUUUAAAACGACAGAUUUGAAUUUUGUUGCAGAAGUGUAAAAUAUCAAAUUCUUGAAACGUUAAUAUGGAUGCGGAUUUGUAUGAUGAGUUCGGCAACUACAUUGGACCCGAGUUAGACAGUGAUGAAGAUGAUGACCAAAGCAUUUACGGGCAACAAGAACCGCAGGACGAACAAGACGAGGAUGCUAUGGAUGAAGAGGAGGAGCACCAAGAUGACGAAGAUAAAGAAGUGACGGCGGUUGUAUUGCAUGAAGACAAACGUUAUUAUCCCACAGCCAUCGAAGUGUAUGGGCCUGACGUGGAAACUAUUGUUCAAGAGGAAGAUGCGCAACCACUCGAUAAGCCACUUAUUGAACCCAUUAAGAAACUAAAAUUUCAAAUUAAAGAACAAGAACUUCCUGAAACUACGUAUAACAUGGAAUUCAUGGCAGAUUUGAUGGACACGCCACCAUUAAUACGAAACGUCGCACUAGUGGGGCAUCUACAUCACGGAAAAACAACAUUUGUAGAUUGUCUAAUACGUCAGACCCAUCCACAAUUCGAACAAGCUGAAGAGCGCACACUUCGCUACACUGAUACAUUAUUUACCGAGCAGGAGCGAGGUUGUAGUAUCAAGGCGACACCAGUGACUUUAGUUUUGCAGGAUGUAAAGCAAAAAAGCUUUCUGAUGAAUGUUUUUGAUACGCCCGGUCAUGUGAAUUUUUCGGAUGAAGUGACGGCAGCCAUGCGUAUGUGCGAUGGUGUUGUGUUGUUUGUAGAUGCAGCCGAAGGUGUAAUGCUGAAUACUGAACGCUUGCUGAAGCACGCAGUGCAAGAGAAAAUGGCAAUAACUGUUUGCAUUAAUAAGAUUGAUCGUUUGGUUUUGGAGUUGAAAUUACCACCACAGGAUGCGUAUUUCAAGCUCAAACAUAUUGUGGAAGAAAUAAAUGCGUUGUUGAGCACUUAUGGCAGUGGCAACGACAAUUUGUUAGUUUCACCGGCUUUGGGCAAUGUGUGUUUCGCUAGUUCGCUGUAUGGUUUUUGUUUUACUUUGAAAUCCUUCGCAAAACUUUAUGCGGACACUUAUAAUGGCGUUAAUUACGUAGAAUUCGCCAAGCGUUUGUGGGGUGAUAUGUAUUUCCACAGUAAAUCUCGUAAGUUUACUAAAAAGCCACCGCAUAACUCAGCACAACGUAGUUUUGUCGAAUUUAUUUUGGAACCUAUGUAUAAGGUUAUUGCCCAAGUCGUUGGCGAUGUUGAUACUACACUCUCCGAUACAUUGGCUGAGCUGAAUAUUCGUAUCACUAAGGAGGAAAUGAAAUCGAAUAUACGCCCACUUUUACGUCUGGUUUGCAAUCGUUUUAUGGGUGAUUUCAAUGGCUUUGUUGAUAUGUGUGUGGAGCACAUUAGUUCGCCACUGGAUAACGCUAAACGUAAGGUGGAUCACAUAUAUACUGGACCGAAAGAAGGCGAAAUUUAUAAAGAUAUGAUGGAAUGCAAUCAAAAUGGCACAUUAAUGGUGCACAGCGCUAAAAUGUAUCCCACGGACGACUGCACAUUUUUCCAAGUUAUGGCGCGUGUAAUUUCUGGCACGUUGCACGCAGGUCAGGAAGUGCGGGUGCUGGGUGAAAAUUACACGCUGCAAGAUGAAGAAGACUCUCGAGUUUUGCAAGUAGGUCGACUGUGGGUAUACGAAGCACGUUACAAAGUGGAGUUAAAUCGUGUACCGGCUGGCAAUUGGGUACUAAUUGAGGGCAUUGAUCAGUGCAUUGUUAAGACAUCCACUAUUGUGGACAUAAAUGCGCCUGAAGACUUGUACAUUUUCCGACCGUUGAAAUUCAAUACACAGAGUAUAAUAAAAAUCGCCGUGGAACCAGUAAAUCCUUCGGAGUUGCCGAAAAUGUUGGAUGGCUUACGUAAAGCUAAUAAAUCAUAUCCGUUGUUAUCGACACGUGUAGAGGAAUCCGGAGAACAUGUCAUACUUGGCACUGGCGAACUUUAUUUGGAUUGUGUGAUGCAUGAUUUGCGUAAAAUGUAUUCGGAAAUUGACAUCAAAGUUGCUGAUCCUGUGGUAGCAUUCUGCGAGACUGUGGUAGAGACCAGUUCGCUGAAAUGUUUCGCUGAGACACCAAAUAAGAAGAACAAGAUCACCAUGAUUUCCGAGCCGUUGGAAAAAGGGCUCGCGGAGGAUAUCGAAAAUGAAGUAGUGUCAAUUAAUUGGAAUAAAAAACGACUCGGCGAGUUCUUCCAAGUAAAUUAUGAUUGGGAUUUGCUGGCGGCACGUUCAAUAUGGGCGUUCGGACCAGAUGCAACUGGACCAAACAUUCUGGUCGAUGAUACACUGCCAUCCGAAGUAGAUAAGAAUUUACUUACCUCGGUUAAGGACUCUAUAGUACAAGGUUUCCAAUGGGGUACGCGUGAGGGACCGCUUUGCGAGGAGCCCAUACGUAAUGUGAAAUUCAAAAUAUUGGACGCUGUGAUAGCUGGCGAAGCCUUGCAUCGUGGUGGUGGUCAGGUCAUACCCACAGCACGUCGUGUUGCAUAUUCCGCUUUCCUCAUGGCCACGCCGCGUCUAAUGGAACCAUAUUUGUUCGUAGAAGUACAAGCGCCAGCCGAUUGUGUGUCGGCUGUGUAUACAGUUUUAGCUCGAAGAAGAGGUCAUGUAACACAAGAUGCUCCAGUUUCUGGUUCACCCCUCUACACCAUCAAAGCAUUUAUACCAGCCAUUGACUCGUUCGGUUUCGAGACCGAUUUACGUACACAUACACAGGGACAGGCCUUUUGCUUGUCCGUGUUUCAUCAUUGGCAGAUUGUACCAGGUGAUCCGUUGGAUAAGUCUAUAGUGAUAAGACCAUUAGAGCCGCAACAAGCUUCGCACCUGGCGCGUGAAUUUAUGAUAAAGACAAGACGUCGCAAGGGCUUGUCAGAAGAUGUUUCUAUUAACAAAUUCUUCGAUGAUCCUAUGUUGUUGGAAUUGGCGCGACAAGAUGUGCUCCUAAAUUAUCCGCUAUAAAAUAUAUAAUUUUGAUAAGACAUUUCAAUAAACUAAAUAGCGAUUCGUGCUAUAAAAAUAAA